UCUUAGUUACAAGAAACAAGUGAAAUCGAAGAUGUUCAAACAAUUGUUUCUGGUUGUAGCGCUCUGCGCUUCUUUGAGUUUGGCUUACCAAGCCGACCUCGAACCGGUAUUCGAUCGGUAUGGACAAGAGUUUUAUUUGAUUCCUGCACAGGAAUACCGCAUUGCUAGACAUAGAAGAGCUAGUGAUCAUAAUCUCAAACAUAAGACUUGGGGUUACAAUGAUGAGAAGAAAGGAGACGUCAUUGGAUUAGAAGGGAAAUAUACGCACAGACCAACCGACAGCCAAUUGGGUGUUCAUGCUGAAAAAACACAGAGGGGUAACAGUCACGCUCAGGUAUCUGGAAAGACCCAAUUCGAGAAUGACGACGGUGAUGCUAGAUGGUCAGUUGGAGGAAAUGUUAACAAACAGUGGAAUCAGCGUGGACAAAGCCACACUGGAUAUGGGUGGGAAGUCGAAGGUGACUGGGAUUUCUAAACUUUCAGAACAUACCUAUAAGGCAUAAUAUUUAAUUUUUAUAAAUAAAUUUACAAAAAAAAUAUA